AUGUCGAGAUCAUCAUCCAGAAGAAAUAGUCAAGCCAUUGGUUCUCUCAUUAAUUACGCAAACUCUGAUGAUACAUAUAAUGUCAAAGCAAUCCUUUAUGAAAAUCAUAAUCAUAAUCUGUUAAUACUUAAAACCCAAAAACUUUAUACUUGUAUUAGAUUUGAUAAUAAAAGUAAUUCAUCUUUCUUGUUACAAUAACAACGAACAAUUAAGUGAAUUGUAUUUUUAAUACAUCUAAGCAUAAAUAGAUAAAAAUAUUCAUACAAAAUAAGAAGUUGAACAAUGGGUUAAUUAACAAAAUGAUGAAGGAUUCACAGCAUUACAUCUUGCAGCUUACCGAGGAUCAUUAGUAUUCAUAUUUAGAAUAUUAGAAAACCAUUAAACUACUUGAAUAAUAUGGUGCAGAUUAUACAAUUAAAAAUUAUAAUGGUAUAUUAUAACUUCCUAUAAAAGAGUUAACUGUUUUACAUACAGCAUCAUAAGGAGAUUGUCCAUUAACUAUAUAUUAUUAUUUACAGAAAGGAAUACCAAUUAAUGUAGUGGAUAAUAAAGGUUCAUCUCCACUUCAUUGGGCUGCUUAUUCAGGUUCAUAUAAUGCUGUAAAUUUCUUAAUUUCAUGGAAUGCUAAUUUAAAUCUUUAAGAUACAGAUACUUCAGUUACACCCUUGCAUUUAGCUACUAUGUAAGCUAAUUCUAGAAUUGUUCGAAAACUUUUAAUGAAAGGAGCAAAUCGUUCAAUUAAAGAUUCUAGUGGUAAAACUCCUUUAGAUUUGGCAAUUGAGAGUGAUUUUAAAACAGUUGAAAUUAUGAUUGUAAAUUUUCAUGAUUAUUUUUAGAGAGAUAAAAAUGAUAUUCUUAUAUUUUGUAAUGUUAGAUAACCAUUUAGACCAGUAGUUCAAUAAAGGAAUAGUUAAAUUGCUUUCAUUACUAUGUAUAUGACUUGUUUUAUUUGUACUAUACUAUUCACUUUCCCAUGUAAUUAUUCAUAUCUAAUAAAAUGUAGUUGUUUCUAACACAAUAUGGAUGUGGAUAUUUUUUACUUUAACUAGCAUAACUGUUAUAUUUUUCUUUAUUUCUUGUGCCAAAGAUGCUGGAAUAGUAAAUACAGAUCAUAAAUUAAGUAUGCUUUAAAUAUUAGAAAGAUAUGAUUGUUCAAAUAUAUGUGCAGAUUGUAAGGUAUAUAUAUAAACACUAAUUAUAGUUAGUUAGACCUAGAAGAUCAAAGCAUUGUGAUGUUUGUUAAAAAUGUGUUAUGGUAUAUGAUCAUCAUUGUCCUUGGAUAAAUAAUUGUGUAGGAGCUAAGUAAUUAAUUUAUUAAAUUAGAAAUCAUUUUGUGUUUUAUUUUUUCAUUAUCAGUUUGUUCUUCGAAUUUAUUUUGUAAUUCUUUAUGCAAUUUUCUCAUUAUAAUUCAAAUAUUGUCUAAAGAUGGUUUACUAAUACUGAAGAUUGGCUUUUAAUUGGAAAAAAGUUUACAAUAUAUUAUGUCAUUAUUUAUUGUUUACUAUUUAUUGUACCUUUAGGGUAUUUGAUAUUUAUAAUUAAGAAUUCUAAUUUACAUAUAAACCAUCAAUCUAUUGACAGGACAAACAACCUUUGAAAGACAUAGUUUGAGUGCUCCUGGUUCAAAAGAUGAUAAAUCAAAUGAAAAAAGUGCAAUAAAUCGAAGUGAAGAAUAAUCAAUGGAAUCCACAGAAUAAGGAUAAGGUGGAACUUAAUAAUCAAAUUAUGAUUAAAAAUAAAAAAUGGAAUAAUCACAUUUUAGUUUGGGAAAUUGUUUCGAAAUGUGUUUUAUUAAUAAAAAGAAAAAAGAAUAUAGUAGUGAAUUAGCAACAGAAUUUAUUGAACUCUGA